AUGGCGGACGAAAGCGCGAAGGGCAAUGUUGCAUGUAAUUUAUGCACGAAAGCCAUACAAAAGAUGUAUGAAAGGGUUCUCAUUAAUACAGGGAAAAAAGAAUUUGACGUUGCUGCCGAGAUCCAGUCACUUCCUUUCAGUGUUGUGAUUUACAGCAAAUACGCUUGCAGGGCUUGUGUCCAAAAGUUGAAGAAACGUCGGGCAAUUCUCACAACCUUAAAUGAUAUCGAAGGUUUUUUCAGGAAUUCAGCGUACAAAAGAUCAGCAGAUUUAGCAACUAUCGAAGAUCAAGAACCUACGGCUACAGUAUCAAAGAGGAUUUGUGACGAAGCAACUGAGGUUUCACGUCGAACAUCGUCGCCAAUUCGCUCCAGUACAGGUGACAUUGCAAAUACAAAUAUCAUAAUAUGGCCAGUCUCACCAGUUCUACAGAAGCGUGUUAGUAUUAAUGAAACCAGCAGUGAGAGUUCGGUUACAACGAAAACAGAAGUUCGUGUGAAGGUAUUGUUUUUAAUUUUUUUUUAAUAUAGUUUAAUUAAAUACUAAAAUACAUGUUAUGUAAAUAAUUCAGGCAUCAGGCUGCAAAGUACUUUAUUAAAUAAUAUAUCUAUCUAUUUAUUAAGGUAAUGUGGCCAUCUAAAAGUGUCGAGAAAAAGCUACCUGAGGAUUUUGACUCCUUGGCAAAGAUGUUGGUAAGAGGAACGUAUAAACAGAUUGCUACUGCUGCUUGGAAAAAUGAAAAAUUGAGGAAAGAAUUCAUUCAGCUAAUGGAAAAGGAAAUCAACAGAGAAUGCACACAACUAUGUUCGAAGAAAAAUCCCAGCAUUUUGAGGAUGACCAGUAAAGAGAGCAUUUUAACUUUUACAUUUUAACUUUUACAGAAACUUUCUGGCGAACUUAGUAAGAGAGCACCCCUGUUUCAUUCGUUGUUAGUUGCUGCUUGUACCAACCCAAGAAGUAAAGCAACAGAACCUCAAAAUGAAUUUGCAUCAGUGGCUAUGGCAGGAGCUGUUUGUCUUCGCAGUCGGUCAAAGUUCAUGAUAGCUGCCCAACUAUUGAUAACCAUCUUUUUGUAUCAUGCAAAUUGGUUGGUAAGUCAUUAUUUAUUGUUAUAUCCCACCAAUUUUCUUCGUCUAAAUAGGAUGGUUUUGCUUAUCAAUUGGAACCCUUGGCAGUGGCGUCAUGGCGACAGGGGUGGCGGGUGCAUGGCCCAUUUUUUCAAGGGGGUGCCGAAAUCCAGUUGGAGUGCCAAAAUUGCCAAGAAGGAUUAGUAUUUAAUUCUAAAAUUUAAGUUUCUUAAUUAAAAUUCCUACAUGACAUGUGACAUGACCGUAUUACAUUCUUGUUGUUUGUUUACGGUUUUUGUUUAAAAUACGGCUUUGUUAGAAUACAUUUUUGUUAGAAAUUUGAUGCUCAAAAUGCAGGAAAUGGCACUUUCAGGCUUCAAAUUUCAGAAAGUUGCUGGGGAGCAUGCUCCCCUAUCCCCCUAGUUGUACAAGAGCCAAUUUUUUUUUCAGGGUGGGGAGGCACCAGUGUCAAAAGAACUGUGGGACAUCAAAUUUAACACUGCGCCCUGCCCCCCCCUUGAGAUUUUGAAGCCACCACACCACUCACCCUUGAUAAUUAAUGGUUAUAAACCACAAUAUCUGCUCAGGACUCAUAUAACAUAUAAAACUAUUAAAGAGCCGGUCAAGUCCGUUCUGAGCUAAUUGCAUCCUUCUUUAUUGGUAUUAAUAGUUUAAUAAUUUUCUAGUUUCUAAUAGGCAAAGCAUACAUUUACUAGUUUUGCAUAAUCUACACACCCAUUGUCUCAUUAAUGUUUGUGGCUGUUCAGAAAUAUUGAUCAAUUUUUGACAUCCCUACCCACCCCCACUUAAGAAUUAUGCGAUGCACUCCCAAAAAAAUAUUAUUAAGGUUAAUUUGAAAGUGUGCUGGAACAGCAUGGGUGAAUUUGUAGCAUAUAUAUUACUUGUAUAUUACAGUAUUUCUCUUACUUUAAUUAUAGGCUAUGUUGGCACGAUUGUAUCCAUUGAGGCUAGUAACCAGCCAUACCUUUCUAUACAAGAAACUCGAUGAAUAUGGAGCUGAUCAUGAUAAGGAAGUUCUCGACAGAGUUGCUGCACAGGGUCAACUAUUGGCACAAAAUCUCUGUAAGAACCCAACUGAAGAAAGUCCUGAGGAGGCAGAUCCAUUAGCUCAAGCUGUUGUUACACCUGAUUAUGGCAGAAAAAUUGUGUUUGACAAUAUCGAUUAUAACCAGAAAGUUCACUACAUGACCGAACAACACCAGAAUGUUGACCAUCAUUAUGUAACAUACAUGAGUGUAGAGAACCGUGUAUCAGGGAACCAUUUAAGUGAUGAACUUCCAACAGGUGGAGUUAUGAAAAUGGAGAAUGGAAAAUGCAUUCCUAGUUCAGCUGAUAAUGUAAAGCAAAGGACAAAUUAUAUUCACCUUGUUGAACGGAUAAUUACAACCAACAUUCCUUGCUUAAAUUUCCUUGCAGAUUUGUGUCCUAUGCACAUUUCUCACCAGUACAGUGCAGAAAUGAAGAAGAGAUUAGAUUCUGUAAGUUACUUUAAUACCAUUAGGGGUAGGCUUUGAGGUAGGUUAGGCAUAUGGGUUAGGGUAGUAUCAGGUUAGGAUUGAUAUCAGGUUUAGAUUAUCACUAGUAAGUAACAGUUAUACAGUACUAGUGUACUACUUAAACUGUCUGUACCAGUGUUGGUAGUACCAAUGUGAAAAUGCUGUGCUGAGUGGUUAUAUUACUACCUUAAAAAAUAAGCAGAAACUCGACGUUUCGAGCGAAUGCCCUUCGUCAAGAGUUAGUGCUAAUAACUCUUGACGAAGGGCCUUCGCUCGAAACGUUGAGUUUCUGCUUAUUUUUUAAGGUAGUAAUAUAACCACUCAGCACAGCAUUUAUACAGUACUACUGUAUAUUUUGUGACUGGCGUGAAAGAAUAACCACAUGCAUAUAAAAAUACCCUCCUUAACUUCUCAACUAAGUGGCAAUUCCAUUGCUUUUUUAUUGUCUAAUGUGUUAGUCCAAGAGAAGUAAUAUCAAAUAAAAUAAGUGUACAAUAAGCAAAUCAAUAAAAUACAUAUGAGAGAGCAUUCAUUGUAAUCGUUACAAUAGCAUUAAUUUUGUCCUACUUCUCUUUUUUUGCAGGUGUUUUUAGGCAUGAUAUACGAGAACGAAAAUGAUGCUAACGGGGUCAUCAAGAUUCUCCAGCAACUUCACAAGUUUGUUCCUUGCAAUGCUGAUCAAGAAGAUAAUGUUUAUGGUAAUCAAGGUGUGGUUGGCGAUCAAUUAAGUGUUGAAAGAGCUAUAAAUGGUAAAAUGUCCUUAGCCAAUGGAUUUACUAGUGAAGAGCGUCUAGAAGGGUUGCAUUUUGAAGCAGCUGACUGGCAUGCCGGCAACAAGUUUGUGGAGGUUUGUUAAAUUUCAAAAUAUUGUACCCACCUCGCACAAUGUGUCACCCAGACACCAUAUACAGUAAUAUUAUACACGAAGUAUCUCAUGGAGAUUAUUAUUUUUUCAUUUUGGAUGAAACACUGGAUGCAAAAUGCACAAACGUUUGACUGUUAAAAGCUUUCCCUGCCACAACGUUUUGCCACAUAUAAUGAACGAAUACUGUACUGAUUCUAUUUGCAACCUCUGAACACUUUCUAGACUUGCUGAAUUGUAUGUCCUUGUCUACUAUAUAAGAACUAAACCCACUCAUAUUACAGUAUAUAAAAAUUAAAUUAUUUUUAAUUAUUGUUUCAGGUUGCAUUUAAUAACUUAUAUAACAUAUCUUCUUCUGGUGACAAAUGUACUAUGUACAGCGACCGCAAUUUAAUCAAUAGAAGGAAUGUAAAGAGUGAUGUCAGUGCUGCAGCGAAUGCUUGCCGGAGAUUUUUUAAAAUUGAAGUGGAGUCAAGAGUCAUUGCUGGUGCUUUAGCUGUUCUGGAAAUGGACAGUUUAGAUGAAGAUAAAGAGAUCUUCUCUGACAAAGAUGAAACGUCCAAAGAAGAGAAAAUGGAGUUUCUCAGAAAAACAGCUACUGCUGUUGUGGAUAGAUUUGUUAUCGACCAGGAAAGAAAUGAUAAGAUUUUGACAUCGUGCAGUUGA